GUUUGCGGCAAGGCACAAGUAUUGUUGCGCAGUUUGUUGCAUUCCAUUGGUCAGUGAUAGCAUUGAUUAUACAGAAGCUUAAUUAAUUGAAGUUGCUCAAAGAAGAAACAUAUCAUUCAACAUGCUUCGUUUCUUGUGCAAAUCUCAUUUAAUAGCUGGGCGAAGUAUGGCCGUUCAAACUCUAUCAAGAAAUAUGGCCGGUCAAGCGCCGCAGAAAAUGGAAGAUUACUUCAAGGAUAAAAAGAUCAUAGUCACUGGAUCUUGUGCUGGUAUGGGUGAAAAAAUUACACAGAGAUUAUUAGAGUUGGGAGCAUUUGUUUAUGCGGUGGUGGAGAAAGAAGAAGGCGCUGCUAAAGCAUUACCCGGAACAAAACAAAUAUUUUGCGAUGUUUCAAAUUGGGAGGACACUUAUAAGAAGAUGUAUGACAUCGGACCAGUACAUGGUUUAGUCAAUAACGCCGGUGUAGCUGUUAUUGAGUCAUUUUUUGAAGUCACCGAAAAUGGUUGGAAUAAGACUUUGAAUAUCAAUGCCAGAGCUUUGGUGAGAAUAAGUCAGGCAGUGGCCAAAAACAUGAUUGAUGCCGGUAUCAAAGGAUCUAUUGUAAAUAUUUCCUCGACAAUUUCAACAAGAGCCAUACCCGAUCAUACAACAUACUGCGCAUCUAAAGGAGCCGUGAAUCAAGUGACCAGAACAAUGGCAAUCGAGCUGGGUCCGUAUGGUAUCCGUACGAACAACGUGAACCCGACUGUCGUGUUGACCCGCAUGGGUAAAAUCGCGUGGUCCGAUCCCAAAAAAUCUGAACCCAUAAUGAGACGAAUCCCACUGGGCAGAUUCGCAGAAACCGACGAUAUUGCAAAUGCAGUGAUUUUCAUGCUCAGCGACUAUUCCACUAUGGUAAACGGGACGUCUCUCGUAGUUGACGGCGGGUUCUUGGCAGGAUAGACGACUUCGCUGCUAAACAAAUCUAUCAGGGGAUUCACUAGUUCAACAUAAAAAUGUAAUUUGUUUUGUCUACAUUUCAAAAAUAAAAUUAUGUGUAAUUUAUAUGUGAUUAUAUACAUAUUUUA